AAAAGUUCCCGCACACCGCCAACCAAACACGUCUGCGCCAACUGCACUCCACUCCACUGUUGUUCACUUUCCCCACCCAACACAUCGCCCACAGCUGCUAUCCCCAGCGACUGUCUGUUUGACGACCACCCACACACUCAUACACUCAUCCACACCCGCACGCCACUCAAGAAGCAAAGAUGUUUGAGGCACGCAUGGCACAGGCCGCCCUUCUCAAGAAGGUGCUUGAGGCCGUUAAGGACCUUGUUACAGACGCCAACUGGGACUGCACCUCGGCUGGCAUCUCUCUGCAGGCCAUGGACAGUUCGCACGUGUCGUUGGUGUCCCUGCUGAUGCGCAAGGACGGUUUCGACAUGUACCGGUGCGAUCGCCCCAUUUCCCUCGGCAUCAACAUUGCCAGCAUGACCAAGAUUAUGAAGUGCGCCAACAACAACGACGCAGUCACGUUGAGGGCCGAGGACGAAGGCGACACGGUCGUGUUCACGUUUGAGAGCGCAGACCAGGAGAAGGUGUCGGAGUUUGAGAUGAAGCUCAUGGACAUUGACAGCGAGCACCUUGGCAUUCCGGAACGCGAGCACACAGCGACCGUGAAGAUGCCUGCAUCAGAAUUCCACGGUAUUUGCCGUGAUCUCAGCACUAUCGGCGAGACAGUGCAAGUCUCUGUGACCAAGGAGGGCGUCCAGUUCACUGCAUCUGGCGACACGGGCAAGGGAACCAUCACCCUGCGCAACAACAGCAGCGUCGACGAGGAGAGCCAGCAGGUUGUCAUCACGAUGCAAGAGGAGCUGUCCUUGAGCUUUGCACUGCGUUACCUCAACUUCUUCACAAAGGCCACCGCCCUUGCCGACAGCGUCACCCUCUCCAUGACCGCCGACCUUCCCCUCGUUGUUGAGUAUCGCAUCGAGGACACGGGCUACAUCAGGUACUUCCUCGCGCCCAAGAUUGAUGAUGACGACGAUGAGGACAACAACUAAGCCCUCGUCAUCUCGCUCAAUGCUUCUAAACGUCUCCCUCUCUGUUUCCUACCCGUGCUCUGUGCGCCAAGGCGGCCGAUGGCUGUUGCGCUCCUUUUUGUCACAUGCAACUCCUCCUCACCUCACCUUUGACGGCAACAAAGACUCCUUCUUCCCUUCUUAUCAUCUCCUCUCCGUCAAGACCUCUUGCUUGCUUGUUCUGCCUUUUUCUUCUUCGUCUUCUCCCGUCAUUUUCCGCGUUGUGUCGUCGUUAGUGAAGUGACAUGCCACGGCAUGAAAGUAAUUGCGCA